AUGACAAAACAUCUGCAGGAAUGUCCUGAAGUUGAUGAAGACCUUUGUACAGAGUUUUCUGAUUUAUUUGAGCUUCCUAAAAAAAGAACCAAAAAUGAUGAUAAUGACUCACAAGAGAUGACCAAAUUAAAUGAUGGUUACAAUUCUGAUGUUAUGUCUGUUUUUUCUGCACAAUCUAGUAUUAAAAGUUUUGUUGAUAGAAAGAUUUCAAUAGAUGAAAGAAAUACUGCUAAUAAGCAAUUAUUAUAUGCAAAUGUACCUUUUUCUUUUGUAGAAAAUCCUGAAAAUGUGAAUACUAACAUAGAAUCUCAAAUUGAAAAUUUUGUUGCUGAAUCAAAAUUUUUAACAUUAUCAGGAGAUGGCUGGACAGAUGUAUCUCAGCAUAGUAUAAUUAGUUUUGUUUUAACAAAUGAAAAAAGAAUUAGUCACUUGUGGAAAACAGAAGAUUUUUCUAGUCAACAUCAUACAGGAAUAAAUAUUUUCAAUAAAUACAAAGAAAUAGUACACUUUCAUAGCUCAAACCUUGCAAUCUCAAAACCAAGAGAAUUGGCAGAAAAUUAUAAUCUUAGGUUUCAAUAUCCAUGUAUCACUAGAUGGGGAUCUUUUAUAAAAAUUAUGGCAAUAGCAUAUCCAGAUGUUCUAAUUACCAAAAAUAAUGAUAGAAAGGUUGUUAAUACAAUUGAAGACCAAACUUUUUGGGAAGCAUUAGACAUCUUUAUCAAUGUGCUGAAACCAUAUGAAUUUAUUAUAAAGAUAUUGGAAUCUGAACAUGCUAACUUGGGUCAUGUUAUUGCAUCUUGGGCAUGGCUGAGAGGCGUAAUUGAGAAAAUUCCAUCUAAUCUUGAUUCAAUCAAAAUUAAUUUGGGACAAGAAAUUGAAAAAAGAUGGAAAAAAAUUUAUGAUCCUAUUUUUUUAGUCACAUGGUAUUUACAUCCCUUUCAUCAUGGCAAUGGGAUUAAUCCAGUACAUACAUUAAGAAUUCAAGAGUUUGCCUACAAUUUAUUUUGUUCUUUAUAUUCUGAUCUGGAUGGCAAUCAAUUCAUUGAUGAAUGGCAUAACUAUUUGUAUAAAGAUAGUUAUUUCAAAUCUAAUUCAUUAUGGCAACCAUCAAUAACAAAAGACCCAACUAGAUUCUGGAAAAGUGUUUUAGCUUUGUGUCCAAACUUAUCAACUUUUGCUUCUAGGCUGUUUGCAAUUCCACCAAACUCUGCUACAUCUGAAAGAAUCUGGUCUCUUUUUGGUAAUAUUCAUACAGAACGACGUAACAGACUGAAGCCAGAAUGUGUUGCAAAGUUGGCAAAAAUAGGAUGGUGUAUAAAUCAAACUAAUAAUAAAAACAAACAAAAACAAGAUUCCAAAAAAAAUUUUGAUGAGCCAAUAGUAAUGGAUGAUUGUAAUAAUGAUAUACAGGAAAGCACAGAUGAAGAUCAUAUUGUAAAUGAAUUAUAUAAUGAAUUUCAAAAUGAAUCUACAUUUUUAAUUGAUGAUGUAUAUACUAUAGAUAAUGGAGAAGAUGAGGUUCCUAAAUUAACAGACAUUUUUAAUUUUGAAUUAGUUGAAAAAUCAUUAAAAGAUGGCAUUCAAAUAAUUUUAGGACCAAUGUGUUAA